AUGUGGCCCUUACGUUCAGUGAUGAAAAUAAAGUUGAGCGUACCUUGCUUUGCUGUUUCAUUGUCACGUGCGCUGCAGUCAGGAAGAGUUAUGGAGGCAAUUAAAUCAGAACUUAACCUUGGUAGCAUCAAAGAAUUACCAAUUAGAUUUAGUGGCGGAUGUAUUAAUAGAGCUAAAGCAUAUAGCACUGAUGAAUAUGGUGAUAUUUUUGUGAAAUUUAAUGAUAACGAAAAGGCUCAGGAGAUCUUUGAUGGUGAAUUUGCAAGUUUACAAGCAUUGUUAAAUACGAAUGCAAUUAGAGUACCGAAACCAAUCAAGAGAUUUUCGAUAGAUGGUGAUUUCUGCUUAGCAAUGGAAUUGUUGGAUAUGCAUGGUCCAUCAGAUUAUGAGAAGCUUGGUACCAGUAUUGCAAAAUUGCAUUUACAUAAUCAAUUCUUAAUGGAAGCAAAUAAAAAGACUCAGUCAACAAUUGGUGGUAUUGACAAACAAUCGGAACCAAUUGAGAAAUUCGGAUUUUCUGUACUUACAUACAGUGGAUAUUGCCCACUUAUUAAUGAUUGGUCAGAUAAUUGGGUGGAAUUUUAUUCACGGAAUCGACUGAAGAAAGUUAUUGAUAUCGUUCUUGAGAAAACCGGUGAUAGGGAAUUAUUAACUUUAUGGCCAAGACUGGAACGGAAAAUUCCCGAAUAUUUCAAAAAUUGUGAUAUAUAUCCAUGCUUAUUACAUGGUGAUCUCUGGUCUGGAAAUUAUUCGUUUACUAAGGAUGGUCCAGUAGUGUUUGAUCCGGCAUCUUUCUACGGGCAUAGCGAAUAUGAGUUUGGCAUUUUGACUAUGUUUGGUGGCUUUCAUCAAUCUUUUCAUACAGCGUAUCACAAACUGAUACCACAAACUGCAGGAUUCACCGAACGUGUCCUUCUUUAUCAGCUCUUUCAUCAUUUAAAUCAUUGGAAUCACUUUGGUACUGGAUAUAAACAUGGUGCAUUAAGCUUAAUGCGAAAACUUUUAUAA